GUCUAAGAAAGGUCUUGGAAUUAUAAACCAUGUCGAAAAACCUUUAAAAAACUAUCCUGGUGCACUUAUUACUCUUACCGAUGAACAAGCAGUCGAAUUCCAACAUCUCAUUAAUGAAGCCUUCGGAAAUGACUACAUUGAUGAUGCGCAACUUCUCUAG